CAGUUAAGACGUGUUUUCUUUUAUUCGUAGCGCUUUUGAUCGGUAUUGAAAGUGAAGCUAAAAGUCAGAACAAUUCAAAUGAUCAAUUACUAAAUACCAUACUCAGUUAUGUGAAUGAGAGUAAUAAUGCGUGUGAAGAUUUCUAUCAAUAUGCCUGUGGAAAAUAUAAACACGUUCACAAACUUGAUCCAUUCAGUGAGAUAACCACACGAACCGAUUAUCAAGUAAAUCAAAAAUUUCUAAUUCUAAUGGAGCAACUUAGCCGGCGUCCACAGGAAUCUCUGACUAUUGUGGAAAAGCAGGUCUGGGGAUUCUAUCAAACAUGUCGCCUAGCUCCGUUGACAACACGAUAUGCCAAACAUUAUCUGGAACUGGUGCAGCCGGACAAAAAUCUUUCGUGGCCACAAUUUGCUGAACAAUCUCAAGAUUGGCGCAAAGAUGAUUUCAAAUGGAUGGAAACUCUGGCCCGUUUGCGUCGCUAUGGCUUGUUUAAUGUCUUGAUUAGAGUGAAAGUAUUAGAAGACCAAUUGGAUGGUACAAAAUAUAUGAUCGAUAUUAAUAGGCCAAAUUUUGCUGCGAAAUCGGAAAGACUGAGGGGUCCUUUGCGCACCUCAAUGAUGUUAGUGCAAUUGGGAGUAAGUACGGAAUCCGCACAGCGAUUAGCUAUAGCUCUGAAGAAAUUUGAAAUAGCCGUAAGAGAUUUAGCUGAGGUCGAAGAUGAGCCCAACGAUGAUUUAACAAUUAAAAAAUUGGAACGUCUGACUGGCGGCAAUUGGCGGCGAUAUAUGGAAAUUCUAUUAGGUCAUACAAUUUCAUCCAAUUACAAAGUUCAAAUACAAAAUGUGAAUUAUUUUGUACAACUUAUAAAUUUGAUCAAUUUCAUGGACUCUGAAUUGAUCGCCAGCUAUCUGAUGUUGCGUUUCGUAAUGCAUAUCCAAGAUUACACCAUGAACAGUAAUGAUGAGAUUAACUGCAUUAAGGAUUUACGUAUUAAUAUGAACUUUGCAAUGAAUCUACUCUAUCAGGAACAUUUCUUUGAGCCCAGGCAGUUCGCGAAAUAUCAACAUGAAGUUCAUUUAAUUUUCAAUCAAAUUCGGUCUCAGUUUAUGCAUCAAGUGAAGCAAAAUCGUUUGCGCUUGAAAGUCUCACAACGAACAAUGAUCACUGAAAAGCUUAUUGAAAUGAACAUCAAUAUUGGAAAUCUGCCCAAGAAUCUGGAUCACAAGACUUUUGUACAAAAUGUCUACAAAGAUUUUGUUUUGCCUUUUCCCCAUUGGGAUUAUGCGGCCAGCCAUUUGAAAUUGCUAGAGAUUCGAACACAUCAAUGGCUUUUGCAACUCAACUCUCCCGCCCCGAUGAAUCAAUUUAUGUUCUAUGUUGCUGAUACAGAGUCGUGUAUGAGCUCCACCCCUUACUAUAUGCUACGCCAGAAUCUUGUUAUAGUGCCAUACGGGAUUCUUCAGGAGCCAGUUUUUGGACUGCAUAGUCAUGACAUAUUUAAGGUCAGUCUCUUGGGUUUCAUGCUAGCCCAUGAAGUGAUGCACGGCUUUGUAGACGGCGGAAUAGUCUAUGAUGCAAACGGCAGUAGUAGUGACGUGGGUGCUGGAAUCCAGGAAAGUUAUCGCUUUGAGGCCAGUAUGGAUUGCAUGAAUCGUAAUGAAACAGAUUACUUGGAUGAACGCAUGGCAGACAUAACAGGGAUUCGUUUGGCCUAUGAUACGUAUUUUGGACCUGGAAGUACGUAUAGCCAGGAGCAACCAAAAUUCACAGAGAUUUCAUUGCGGAAGCUGUUCUUUUUAAAUUUUGCACAAUUCUUUUGCGGCGAUUUGAAUUACAUUGAAUUCGAAGAUCAUGAUUCCGAUGAUAUGCGUUUAAGACAAACAUUGAUGAAUUUUUCACCAUUCGCCGAGGUUUAUGGCUGUCGUGAGGGUCGAGAUGCUAUGCAUCCGAGGGACAAAUGUCGUCUAUGGUGAUAAUACAAGCAGUUUUACAAAUUUCUUAGUAAAUUUUAAUUAUUUUCUAAACAUUUUCAUGUCCAUGUUGCUAAGAAUGUAAAUUAAAUAAACCAUUGUGAUUUUUAAUUAUA